AUGGGCUGCAGUGCCAGCCAGCCUCGGGGAUCUGUGACAAGACGCCUCGAGGGCCUUUCCGCCUCGGCAGCACGGGAGCUUUUGCUUCGAGAGCUUCGACAAGGCUUAGCCGCCGAUGAGCCAGACUCCUCCGGAGAGCUGCCUCUUGCAGCCGUCCUACGACUUGAUCAACCCUGCCCCGCGCUGGAAGUGCUUCUAAAAGCGGGGGCUUCCACGAGUGACUCGCACAUUGCCGAUGCACUCUUUGCACGACUACGGCUUCAACGACCGGAGAAUAGAAAAACAGUCCAGCUUCUGUUGGAGAGUGGCCUGGAUGCCAACUCGGCAGACAGCAGCCCUGGGUGCUCCCGUGACACUCUGCUCGUUGCUUCGGUCCGGGCAGGAGAGGACGGGUUGGUGGAGGACCUUCUGGCUGCCGGGGCAGAUGUAAAUGGAGCAGAUCAGCAUGGCAAUACAGCACUACACGUCGCUGCGGCCAAGGCCAGCGAGGCUGUCGCAGAGCGCCUUCUCCUAAGAGGUGCAAGUGCUACGGUGAAAAACGCAGAUGGGCAUUCGGCAGUAUUGUCGGCCCGCCUGGGGGCAAUUGCGCCUUCACUGCGGCUUUCCGCAGCAGGAGGCAGCUUCACAGAUCGUGUCGCGACCCUAGAACCUGGUUUAGUGUUGAAUCAAACCUCUCCUGUGCACGAUUGCACCACGAUGAUGUCCAGCAGCUUUUUUCUGCUCUGCCUGGCAACGGCAAAUGCUGCCGAGACAUGGCACCUUGUGGACAUCGCACAGGUGGUUUGUCCGAAGCCAGUUAGCAGCAACCCAAAUGCGCCGCCUUUUCCAGAGUACAACCUCGGCAUCAAUUACACCAGCUCGCUGCAAGUGGAUGCCCCGCACAUUGUCAGCUUCAUCCGCGCGAGUCAGCAGGCUGUGAGCAUCACUUUCAGCAUCGAGGACAGCAACGGACAAGAGGUGGUUCCGGAGACCACUGUGCAGCUGCAGGAGUUGAGCGACACGGUGCCCAGCAGCUGCAAGUGCACCAUGCCAACCCUUCCGGCCGAAGUGCAGGAAACUUAUGGUCAGAAUUACGGUGCACAGUGUGGAGCCUGGGAUAAUCCCAACUGUGGCGAACUUUGGGGCAACAUGUCCUUAGGCGCCUGGUGCUGUCGACCAUGGUGCUAUGCUACGAGUGACUGCCCGGAUGCCUACUCCUCGCAGGCUCUUCCCGGACAGUUCUUCAGCUAUGCCGCAUGCAACACUUUUGCACCAGUAUCACCGUGCACCUGGACUGCAGUCGCAGAGCAGAACGAUCCCUGCAAGUGCAAGGACGCGUCCAGCCUCUUCAGCGCAGACAUGCGAUCCAAGUUUGCUGACAACUACGGCUCGACAUGCGGCACUUGGGACAUGCAAAACUGCGCAACAAACUAUCGUCCAGACCAAGUUGACACGUGGUGCUGUGCCAGUUGGUGUUACGUCGACAAGGAAUGUUCUUCAGCCAUUCAGUCUCUGAAUGCAGGAAUGGAGGGUAUCCUGUUCUGGUCAGAUAAUGUUUGUGAUGACGAUCCGGCUCUGGUCGUUCAAUGCCCUUACAAGCCACAGCCAGUCGUGCCCGAAGGUGACACAUCGUGCAAUUGUCUUGGCAUCACCAUGGACUCGACCAAUCUGGCCCGCGCUGGUCUCAAUUCCACCUAUGCCAACUACGGCCAGCAGUGUGACCCGCAUGAUGCGAAUAUAUGUGAGAUUACGUACCCCCGAGCGAGCCACGACAUGUGGUGCUGCAUGUCCUGGUGUUGGGUGGACGAAAGUUGUCCCACAUCUCGCGCGUCCACGGUUUGGCCAGGGCACUUUUGGAGCACCGAGACGUGCACCAUGAAUGCAGACGUUGUAUCCGGGUGCAAGUACAGUAGAGCAUGCGAAUGUCGGGGACAGUUGCCGGGAGGAGCUCUUCCGGAUACCUUUGCUUCGAACUAUGGAAGUUCUUGCAAUGACUGGGACAGCAGCUCAUGCAAAGCCACUUGGUACCACAACCCAGACGGGGGCUGGAACACCUCUGCAGACCACGAAUGGUGCUGUGAUGCCUGGUGCUAUGUGGACGAGGCAUGCCCGAUCGCGAAGCAGUCAUGGCUCGGCAUCGGCUACUACUUCAGCUACGAAACGUGUGAUGAUCCUGCUGCCACUUACAACGAAUCAGCUGACACUUGCGAUGCAACCAAUCGCCGGCUUCAAGCUCAAGAUACAGGGCCAGGGGUGGACACGGAGAGUGCAGCCUUAGGGCGUCAACUGUCCGCUCGCCGCAGAGGGGGCAGCAGCUGGGGCAGCAGCAGCAGCAGCAGAGGCGGCUGGAGCCCGCGCAGACGCUCUCCGCCGGCCCCGCCGACGUCUCCAAGGAGGCGAGCACCAUCAGCGCCUUCCGCCUGGAGCCCACGGCGCCGAGCUCCAGUUUCACCAAGGCGACGUGACGUUCGACGACGAGCUCCUCCACCUCCUGUGCCAGCUCCUGUCAACACCCGCCGCCGUACUACCAGCAUCAACGGUCAAACCUACUCGGCAAGUCCUCGACGGCGUUUCGGUACCACUGGCGUGCCUUCACCGCCUGCGGUUCCAUAUGGCUAUGCCAACCGGCCACAGCUCAUGAACAACUACGGGGGCACGAUGCCGUAUCAGACUCCCUAUGGCUAUUCUGGUUACAAUGCUGUGCCAGCACAGUCACGACCGAAUGUUGCCAUGUACGCUGUUGGUGGUGCAGUGGUGGGUGCUGGAGCAAUGUAUGCGUUCAAUAGCAUGUAUGGCGACGCUUAUGGCUACGAGGUUUUUCGACGGCGCCGAAUAAACGACUUCCGGAACCCCGACUAUUGCAUUGUGACAGCUCCAGGAAGUCGCAAUGGUGCCUUCAUGGAAUGCCAGAAUUGCUAUCGGCUGUAUGGCUACUCCAUGUGCCCGUCGGCAAGAUCGUGCAACACGGCGGCUGGAUGCAGCUACACGACGCCCCAGUCCUUCAACCGGGAUGACCUGGCAGCCACGGGUUUUAUCCCGAAGGACUUUCGGCCUCCGCUGAAAGUCCUUUUCAAGAACAUCUCUGGGGCCGGGAUCGACACUGAUCCGAUCACUGGAAUCUGCCCACCGACCACGAGGGCAGAAGCAGAUCUAGUGGAGAACUUCAACAAGACGAUGUCAUUCAAACCGGACCUUUUCCUGGUCCUCACACAACAGCAGACCCUUCGGUCGCCUGCCGCUUCAGGCUGGGCCUCAAAAGAGGUCUUGUCAGCCAAGGUUGCUGGAAAGCUGGACGCUCGCGUUUUGGACGUCGGGGAGGAGGUUUGGAGAUGUCCAAUUUCCAAAGAGUGCUGGACGGGGUCUGCUUCUCCUCCAACAGCACCAAGGAACCACCAGGUGGCAGCGAUGUUGGCGCAAGCAGCUGGAGAUGCGUACAGCCUGGCAGAUGCCGUCGAAGGGGCGUGGCUCGCUGGGCAGGUUGUCUGUCAGAUGUCGAUGUCGUUGACUUCAGAUCUGCUGCGCAGCGAGAAGUCUGAUCUGUCACGACAGAAAUCAACAAGGGAGCGAUCAUGGCGGCAAGCUCUUGAAGAGAAUAUCCCCAUUCUGUACUGGCUUCCUCGCUACCCUCUGGAGAACUUGCAGCCGGACUUUGCUGGUUCGAUCACGCUGGGAUGCAUUCUCAUAGGCCAAUCUCUGGCACAUGCAAACUUGUGCAUGGUGAACUUGAUCAAUGGCCCUUACAGCUGCAUGCUUCCGCCAAUCGUUUACGCCUUCUUCGGCACCUGUGUGCAUGCCUCUGUGGGCACUGGCGGACUGGUGAGCCUGUUGACCGGCGAGGUCUUGGCACCACUGGGGGACCUCGAGGAGCGCACGAAAGCCGCUGCAAUGCUCACUGCCAUGGUCGGGGUGUUCUUCUUGGUUCAAGCCCCUCGACGAAAGCGGAGCCAGAAAUCGCAGACUUCGGUGACGGGGGAAAGCUUCGAGUCGAGUGUUGCCAGGGUCAGACUCCAGCCAUGGCGCAGUGUGCAAUUUGCCUGGACGUUUGCAGCGGUGCCGUGUCAAGCUUGA